AUGGGUAAUACAGGUCCUGAUGAAUGGUUAGAGACUAUUAAGAAAUGUCAAGCACUAACUGAGACAGAAAUGAAGCAAUUAUGUGAGAUGGUGAAAGAAUUAUUGAUGGAAGAAAGUAAUAUUCAACCUGUACGUACUCCAGUGACAGUAUGUGGUGAUAUUCAUGGACAGUUCCAUGAUCUUUUAGAGCUGUUUAGAACUGCCGGUGGGUUUCCUGAUGAUGUUAAUUAUAUAUUUCUGGGUGAUUAUGUGGACAGAGGUUAUUAUUCAUUAGAAACUUUCACAUUGUUAAUGUGUUUGAAAGUGAAAUAUCCAAGUAAAAUUACAUUAAUCCGUGGGAAUCAUGAGUCUAGGCAAAUUACACAAGUGUAUGGUUUUUAUGAAGAAUGUUUAAAUAAAUACGGUAGUACUACAGUAUGGAAAUAUUGUUGUCAAGUGUUUGAUUUCUUAACUUUGGCAGCAAUCAUUGAUGGUAAGAUAUUAUGUGUACAUGGUGGGCUAUCACCUGAAAUUAGAAUGUUAGAUCAAAUCCGUGUCUUGAGUAGAGCUCAAGAAGUUCCACAUGAAGGUGGGUUCUCUGAUCUAUUAUGGAGUGAUCCUGAUAAUGUGGAUGCAUGGCAAGUAUCACCAAGAGGUGCAGGUUGGUUGUUUGGUAGUAAAGUUGCACGUGAGUUCAAUCAUGUUAAUGGAUUGAACCUUGUUGCUAGAGCACAUCAACUGGUCAUGGAAGGCUUCAAAUAUCAUUUCAUCGAAAAAGAUGUGGUCACUGUAUGGUCUGCACCAAAUUAUUGUUAUAGAUGUGGUAAUGUUGCAAGUGUAAUGAAAAUGGACGAAGAUCUAGAGCCUGUCUUCAAGAUAUUUAGCGCUGUGCCGGAUGAUUAUAUACAGGAAAAUAAUUUGGCUGGAGGCAAUAAUCCUCGUGCUGGCUAUUUCUUAUGA